GCAAGCGCAAGCGCGAGGAAGUCCGGCCGCACGCUUGCGCAGCCAGCAGGCCGGCUCUUCUGCACACUGCAAUGCCCCGCAGGAAGACCGCAUCGGGAAGCUCUACUGCCACCGGCCCGGGCCCGGGGAGACAAGCGGUUCUGAGCCGCUUUUUCAGGUCUGAGGGAAGCCUAAGAUCCAGCGCGUCCUCCACCGAGCCAGCAGAGAAGGUGACAGAAGGUGACAGCAGGAAGAGGUCACUGGGAAAUGGUGGGCCCACUAAGAAGAAAGCAAAGAAAGUUCCAGAGAAGGAAGGAGAAAAUACCUCAGUAGCAUCUCACAACCCUGAGGCAAAGAAAUGUCUGAGGCCCAGAAUUGUUUUAAAGUCCCUGGAAAAGUUGAAAGAAUUCUGCUGUGAUUCUGCCCUCCCUCAAAACAGAGUCCAGACAGAAGCUCUUCGGGAGAGACUUGCAGUUCUGCCAAAAUGUACUGAUUAUGAAGAUAUCACUCUGCAACGUGCAAAGAAUGCGGUCUUGUCUGAAGAUUCCAAGUCUCACGAUAAUCAGAAAGACAGUCAGUUUGGACCCUGCCCUGAAACUUUCCAGAAGACUUCCGAUUGUAAACCUUCUAACAAGCGAUCCAAGAGCGUCUAUACCCCAUUAGAACUGCAGUACAUGGGUCUGAAGCAGCAGCACAAAGACUCAGUUUUGUGUGUGGAAUGUGGGUACAAGUACAGGUUCUUUGGGGAAGAUGCGGAAAUUGCUGCUCGGGAACUCAAUAUUUAUUGUCACUUAGACCACAACUUUAUGACAGCAAGCAUACCUACCCACAGACUGUUCGUGCAUGUCCGCCGACUUGUGGCCAAAGGAUACAAGGUGGGAGUUGUGAAGCAAACUGAAACUGCGGCAUUAAAGGCCAUCGGAGACAAUAAGAGUUCCGUCUUUUCCCGGAAAUUGACCGCGCUUUAUACAAAAUCCACACUUAUUGGAGAAGAUGUGAAUCCUCUCAUCAGGCAGGAUGAUUCUGUAAAUAUUGAUGAGGUCAUGACAGACACUUCUACCAACUAUCUUCUGUGUAUCUAUGAAGAAAAAGAAACCAUUAAAGACAGAAAGCAGGGGAGCACUUCCAUUGGUGUCCUGGGAGUGCAGCCUACAACGGGCGAGGUUGUGUUCGACUGCUUCCAGGACUCUGCUUCCAGACUGGAGCUGGAGACUCGAAUAUCAAGCCUGCAGCCUGUGGAACUUCUGCUUCCCUUGGACCUGUCUGAGCCUACGGAGAUGCUUGUCCACAGAGCCACCGCUGUCAGAGACAGUGGCUCCAGUUUAAUGCCCACUAAGCUCGUGAAGAACAGUUUGCCAAAGUUCUGUUUCCAGUUGGCUUCCAAGCAACAGUGUAACAUUAACUUUUCAGAUCAGAAAGUUGUAUGGGACAUAAAUGCUCGACUUGAUGCGAUAUCUGAUGUUCUUCAUUCUGAAUCCAGUGUGUUUGAGCAGAUAGAAAACCUUCUUCGUAAAUUACCGGAUGUUGAGAGAGGACUAUGUAGCAUCUAUCACAAGAAGUGCUCUACCCAAGAGUUCUUCUUGAUCGUCAAAAGCCUGUGUCAACUGAAGUCAGAGCUUCAAGCAUUAAUGCCUGCUGUUAAUUCCCACGUUCAAUCAGAUCUACUCCGAGCACUCAUCUUAGAGGUUCCUGAUCUGCUCAGUCCAGUGGAGCAUUACUUAAUGGUUCUCAAUGAACACGCUGCCAAAGUUGGUGAUAAAACUGAAUUAUUCAAAGACCUCUCUGACUUCCCUUUAAUAAAAAGGAGGAAAAAUGAAAUUCAAGAAGUCAUUCACAGCAUCCAAAUGCAUUUACAAGAAUUGCGAAAAAUAUUAAAACUUCCUUCUUUACAAUAUGUGACUGUGUCAGGACAAGAGUUUAUGAUUGAAAUAAAGAACUCAGCUGUAUCUUGCAUCCCACCUGAUUGGGUGAAGGUUGGAAGCACAAAAGCUGUGAGCCGCUUCCACCCUCCUUUCAUUGUGGAGAACUACAGACGUCUGAGUCAGCUCCGGGAACAGCUAGUCCUUGACUGCAAUGCUGAAUGGCUUGGCUUUCUACAGAAUUUUGGUGACCAUUACCACACUUUGUGUAAGGGCGUAGACCACCUAGCAACUAUUGACUGCAUUUUCUCCCUGGCCAAGGUCGCUAAGCAAGGAAAUUACUGCAGGCCAACUCUACAAGAAGAAAAGAAAAUCAUCAUAAAAAAUGGAAGGCACCCUAUGAUUGAUGUGCUGCUGGGCGAGCACGAUCAGUUUGUGCCCAAUAGCACGAGCUUAUCACAGGACUCUGAGAGAGUAAUGAUAAUCACCGGGCCAAACAUGGGUGGGAAGAGCUCCUACAUAAAGCAGGUUGCCCUGGUUACGGUCAUGGCUCAGAUGGGCUCCUAUGUCCCUGCCGAGGAAGCCACAAUUGGGAUUGUGGACGGCAUUUUCACAAGGAUGGGUGCUGCAGACAAUAUAUACAAAGGCCGGAGUACUUUUAUGGAAGAACUGACAGACACAGCGGAAAUAAUCAGGAAAGCAACACCACAGUCCUUGGUUAUCCUGGACGAGCUGGGAAGAGGGACCAGCACCCAUGAUGGAAUCGCCAUUGCCUAUGCAACUCUAGAGUAUUUUAUCAGAGACGUGAAAUCCUUAACCCUGUUCGUCACCCACUACCCACCAGUCUGUGAACUAGAAAACUGUUACCCCGAGCAGGUGGGGAAUUACCACAUGGGAUUCUUGGUAACUGAGGAUGAAAGCAAGCAGGAGUCAGGUGACAUGGAGCAGAUGCCGGAUUCUAUCACUUUCCUCUAUCAGAUAACCAGAGGAAUUGCAGCGAGGAGUUAUGGGCUGAAUGUGGCGAAGCUAGCAGACAUGCCCGGAGAAAUCUUAACGAAAGCUGCUCACAAGUCUAAAGAGCUGGAAGGCUUAGUCAACCACAGAAGGAAAAGGCUCAAAUAUUUUACAGACUUAUGGACAACACAUGAUGUAAAGGACCUGCACACAUGGGCAAAUGAUCUAGAAAUGGAAGAAAUACAGACUUCUCUCCCACAUUAAAAUGAAAACUACAGUUUUGGAGCAAAAUACGGAGAACUGAAGAUGCAAACUGUACAAAGCAACUUUGUGGUAACAGCUGUCUCUGGUGUGAGCACUGAGGAUGAGCAUGGUCUGCCUUUUGAGAUGGUUUCUUCUCUGUGAAGGGAGAGCUUUUCAGGGUCUUAUCCUCUGCCCUCGGAAGAAAAAGACAUUAAUGGAGGCACUUGGUGCCUGUGUAGUCAGAGGGCAGUGUUUAUUUCGGUUCAGACAAUUGACAACAAGGUAAUCUGACAGGAAUCUACUUUUGUGAGAACUAAAGAAUUUUAUAAUGCCAGCGGGUUUGCUCACCAAAGACAUAAACAUUUUUAUGAGAAGUAGAAUCAUGAAGCUUCCAGAAACCAGAGCACAGGAAGGAAAAGGCCAUAUGAAAUUUGAAGAGCUUAAUGUUGUCAUUAUUUUAAACAGCUUAAAGGUUAUUAUAUAAAAUUAUUUUGUCAUUCACUUAAAUAAAAAUAUGGAAUG